CUUGAAGUUGGAAUGUGACAAACUAGCCAGUGAGAAAUCGGAAAUGCAGCGUCACUACGUCAUGUAUUACGAGAUGUCCUACGGGCUGAAUAUUGAAAUGCACAAACAGGCUGAAAUCGUCAAAAGGCUAAAUGGGAUUUGUGCACAGGUUCUGCCCUACCUUUCACAAGAGCAUCAGCAGCAAGUCCUGGGAGCUAUCGAACGAGCCAAGCAGGUUACGGCGCCAGAACUGAACUCCAUCAUCCGUCAGCAGCUUCAAGCUCACCAGCUCUCGCAGCUCCAAGCCCUCGCUCUGCCUCUGACUCCGCUCCCCGUGGGCCUCCAGCCCCCGUCCCUCCCUGCUGUCAGUGCCGGCACCGGGCUGCUCUCGCUCUCAGCCCUGGGCUCUCAGGCUCACCUCUCCAAGGAGGACAAGAACGGCCACGACGGGGAU